AUGCCCUACACGGUCAAGCUUCUUAACAAAUACCUUGGCUCCUUGGUUUCGUUGAGGGGUGGCCAGAAGUCUUGGACCGCUUUGAGGGUCACAUGGGGCAUGCAAGCCGCCCCACACAGCGAUCGGAACAUGAAGAACUCGAAAAACUGGCUGGUUCCCAUUAGUCGGUUUAGAGGAGGUAGAUUAUGGAUUGAAGGGCAAGAUGCUUCGGGGUCACAGGAUUGGAUUCAGUGGGAUGGUCGCUGGGGUGCUUUUUAUGGUGGGGAUGAGCAGGCUGUGUGGUUUGACUCGCGGAAGCGAGCUGCUGUUGAGGCUGCCGAUGGCGAUCGCAUUGUAGUUAUAGCUUACACGCCCAGAUGUCUACAUAGGUGCAAGAAUCAGGACAUGCAAACUCUUCAAGAACUUGGCUUCCCGUUGCCUUCUCAUGUUGCGUGUCAGCCUCAGCAUCCGAAGCUUGCGGCGCAGAUCGGCAAGGACCCCCAAUAUUUUGACAUCAGCACUGACUCAGAGGAGGACUCCUGCGAGGGGGAGUGGGGAUACACGGGUGAGCCGAAGGAUUUUGAUCAAAGAGUUGCUCGCCUGUUGCAGCUUGUGCGUGAAGAGGAGAAGGCGUUGGUCGAAGAACUGGAGCAGGGACUUACCAGCGUGACGCCCGGCUUGCUUGCUGAGUUGCAGGAGGACUUGAGGGUUGCCACUUUGUUGCAGGAGCAGGAUGGUUGUGAGCGUGAGCUUGAGCGUGUCCGUUCUAAGUUUGCCUUGCAUAAGUUGGCGUCGGUUGAGCGUGAGCUUGAACAAGCGUUGUGUGAGGCGGAAAAAACAGGCCUGCCUCAGGUGCGGGCGAUCAAGGUUCCCACGGAGCCCUCACCAAUUGCUGAUGAGCCUGCGUCGAUGUUGAGCGUUGGUGGUGAUCCUACUUUUGCGCUUGGUGAUGGCUUGGUCGCGGGGGAGUCCCCGGCAACCCUUCAUCCUGACUUUGGGCUUGAAACUCCUGAGAUCGUUGAAAAAGGUGCAUGUGCAGUCCCGGGUGCGCUUCUCCAAACCAGAAUCGUUCCCCAGGCCGAGGUCUGGGAAAACCUUGAACAAUGGAGACAGCCGCUGACUGAUGAAGCUGUCGCCUUGAAAGACUUGCACAGGGCUGUGUGGGCUAUAGGUCCAGAGGAACUUAAGCGCUUGGAGGAGCUUGCUGAGGUGUCGGUAAUUCCCGCGAAGGGUGUGUACACCCAGAAGCCAAUCACCAAUAGACUUAGGGCCCGCAUAGUAGGAUGCGGAAAUUUCCUUGAGAGCGAUCCUUCUCCUGAAGAUGCUGCAAAGGGCAGUACAAGAUCUCAGGAUCUCUAUGCUGGGGGUGUUGAUGGGGUUAGUGUACGGCUUCAGACUAGUGUUGCGGCGAUUAAGGGUUGGGGUAAUGCCACCUUGGACAUCAAAACCGCUUUCCUGGGAGCCCCAUUGUACCAGGAUCGCCAAGGUCAGGCGGUGUUGUCUCCUGGAGAUUUCAGCCCUGGACGUCUUGACUUUGAGGUGCUAGUGAAGAAGCUCAAAAGCGUGCAAGGCAACAAGGUAAAGGUUGUGGUUGUGACUCCCCCCAGGGUCCUAGUUCGUCUAGGGCUCGUGGAGGAAUCGGAAAAAUGGUUAGUGCUAAAGGCAUUGUAUGGCCUUGCAGAGGCUCCUCGACGUUGGUCUUCACAUCGGGACCUGUUGCUUCGACAGCACACGUGGGAGGAUGACGGCCGACGUUUCUCCUUGAAGCAGUGCGUGGCAGAUAGCAACCUGUGGAAGGUCGUUAGCGAGCCGCUAUCGGGGGGAGUUGGUGGUGCCGUUGAUGCCGGUUCAGGGUCGGAACCUGUGCUUCAUGGAUUGCUCGGCAUUUAUGUCGAUGACAUGCUCAUUACAGCGGAGGAGCUGGUCAAGGAAAGACUGGUGCAGGAGAUUCGAUCGAUUGUGCCUACCUCAGAACCAGAGUCUGCUGAAGAAGGCAGGCCUAUCCGGUUUUGCGGCUUCAACUUGCACAAACUGAAAGGGGGUGGUUACCUUCUUAAUCAGGAGGACUACGUUCAAGAUUUGUUGCAAAGGUUUUCUGACAUUCAGGGAACUUCGGAGGUUCCUUGUCUCAAGGAAGAGGAGCUUGAACCGGAGACUCCAAGCCCAGAGCAGUUGAAAAGAGCUCAGGCUCUUACCGGGGCUUUGCAAUGGAUUACGACCAGAACGAGACCGGAUAUUUGUUUCGCCGUCAACCGGACGGCUCAACUCAUGUCUAGGUAUCCUCGCUACGCUACUCGGUAUGCCGAAAACAUCAUUCGCUAUUUGAGGACUACUCCUGCUCUAGGGUUGGUUUUCAGACCUCUUGAUGAUCAGAACCGCUUUGGUAAGUGUGAGGAGUUGACGGCGCCACGAUCUCCGGGGAUCCUUGAGGUGUUUGCGGACGCCUCUUUCGGACCAGCUUCUGACAAAUCCCAGACAGGAAUCAUUGCGGUCUUCUGUGGAUCAGUGAUUGCCUGGGCUAGUCAUAGACAAUCCACCACUGCGCAGAGUAGUGCCGAGGCUGAAAUGUACAGCAGCUUGGACGGGGUCUUGAUGAUUGAGGUGCUUGAGGGUCUUGCUUCAGAAGUUGCUACGGUCCCCCUUCGGAAGCUGCUCUACAGCGACAGCUUGGGUUGUGUUAGUUUGUUCAGUGCUCCAGCUGGUGCCUGGAGGACCCGGCAUUUGCGUCUAAAGGCCAGGGCAGGCCGAGAAAAGCUCGAAAGCCAAUUGUUCGAGAUGAGGCACCUAUCAGGUCGAUUUAUGCUCGCGGACGUGGCAACAAAAGCGUUGCAAGGACAAAGGCAUAGAGAGUUGGUACAACUGCUUGAGAUGAUGAGUCCUGCAGAUCUUGUGGGAUCAGUUGAGGUUCGUAAGCUGCGCGAGGGAAGCUUGAAUCCGGAUUUGAGUGUCAAGGGUAGUGCCGGCUUCAAUCUCGGUGCCAUGGGUGUCCGAGCGCUUGUGCUAGCGGUUGCGCUGUCGGUUGCGGCCUCCAAGUUGACCAUUACUGUUGAAGACCAUGGCGGUGACGAUUGGAUGACGAAUCUCCUGUAUGUGGUCAGUGCGGUGAUGGCUGUGUUGGCUGUUGGCUUGAUGCGACGCUCGUGCUCUGGAAGCCCUACAAGGGAGACCGAGGAUCCCGCAGAGGUGAGGUCUAUGAGACCGGUUGGUCUGAGUGACGAUGAAGAUGAUCAAUGGUCGGUGGUUGGGAACGCCACUGAGGGCAUGAAGGGCUCUAGUGAGGAUGUAAGGACCUCGGAGGUGGCAUCCGGUGUGGGUUCGAGUGGGUCUUCUGGCUUGCGACAAACGGACCCAGACCACGCUGGCGUGCGAGAAUCGACAGCUCUUGGGAUGACUUCUGGCGUGCGAGAAACGGAAGCUCCUGGCCACGGCAGUCGUGCAGGUGGGGAGAAGAUUCAUCCAACAUGGCCAACCCAUUUCCCACCGCGACAGCAGUGGCCAGAUCCUCAUCCGUGGGCUGGAGUCCAAGGGUAUUGGCAUCAAAGCAUCCCAUCUUACGUGCAGAAGGAUUCCUUCCAUUGGGAUCCUCAGAGAAAUGUGCUUGUUCGUUUCCACGCCAAGGUGCGAACCUUCCGCUUUGACCCAAGGAAAGCGGUACUACCAACAGAAGUUCCUCUCAUUCGGUUGACUGGAAAUCGGCGAACUUAUGCUAUGUUCACUGACGGAAGGCAGUUCAUCGAUGAGGACAGUUUCUUCCAACCAUCAAGUCACAAACUCUCGGGCGACUGGAGCGGUCGUACAGAGUUCGAAGUGCGGAAAGAUCGUGCCUAG